AUGGAGAGCCCCAGCCGUGUGUAUCUCUUCGGAGACCAGACUGCGGAUUUCGACUCAGGCCUUCGCCGCUUGCUGCAAGCCAAAAAUGACUCGCUGCUGAUAGCCUUCUUUCAGAAGUGCUAUCAUGCCUUGCGCAAGGAAAUCAGCCAGCUGUCGCCAUCCCAGCGACAGUUGUUCCCGCGAUUCACGAGCAUUGUCGACCUCCUGGCCAGAUAUAGAGAAUUUGGACCCAAUCCAGCUCUAGAGAGCGCGUUGGCAACAAUCUAUCAGUUGGGGUGCUUCAUUGACUAUUAUGGAGAUCUUGGACAUCAGUAUCCGUCAAAGUCCGAGAGUAUCAUAGUUGGCCUAUGCACAGGCCAAUUGGCUUCCGCUGCGGUUAGCUCUUCUAAAACAGUUGGAGAACUGAUCCCAGCGGGCGUUGAGACGGUUGUUCUGGCCCUGAGACUCGGAGUUUGUGUCGUGAAAGUGCGCGAGCUUGUCGAGGAAAAUAGGCCCUCACAAAGCUGGUCUGUCCUUGUUUCUGGAAUGCGCCAGGAAGAGACUCAAAAGAUUAUCGCAAAAUUUGGUCGAGCAAAUGCUUUGCCUCGCGUUUCACUGCCCUAUAUUAGUGCUGUGAGCCCCAAUGGCCUGACUAUCAGUGGAACACCCAGUGUUCUGGGGCAAUUUGUCGAAACUUCGCUCCCAAAGGAGUCGAAGCCAGUGAGAGUUCCAAUUCACGGUCCCUACCACGCCAUCCACCUCUAUGAUGACAGAGACAUUAGCCGCAUCCUGCAAUCUUGGCCAAAGGAGAAGUUUGCGAACUACGUUCCUCUCAUCCCCGUGAUAUCGUGUGAGAGUGGCAAGCCAUUCAAUGCCAAGAAUCUUGAGGAUCUGCUGAGGCUGUCGCUUGAGGAAAUCUUACUCCGUCAACUUUGCUGGGACAAGGUUAUUGACUCGUGUGCAUCUGCUCUCAAGUUGACCACCUCGACAUGCACCUUGUAUCCCAUCUCCAGCACCGCAACUCAAAGCCUGUACGGUUCGCUGAAGAAGAUUGGAAUAUCAAAUCUGGAGGUUAACAGCACUAUUGGUGAUGUGAAGAAGGAUUCCGAGACUGCCAACAGCACCGGUCGUGCCGAGCAGUCUAAGAUUGCCAUUAUUGGUCUGUCUGGAAGAUUCCCCGAAGCUCAAGACACCGAAGCGUUCUGGGAUCUCUUGUACAAGGGACUCGAUGUUCACCGUGAAGUGCCUGUAGAGCGUUGGGAUGUUAAGGCCCAUGUUGAUAUGGAAGGGAAUACGAGGAACACGAGCAAAGUUCAAUACGGAUGCUGGAUCAAUGAGCCAGGCCUUUUUGACCCUCGCUUCUUCAACAUGUCUCCACGAGAGGCACUUCAAGCCGACCCUGCUCAGCGCCUUGCGCUUCUCACUGCCUAUGAGGCCUUUGAAAUGGCUGGCUUUAUUCCCGACAGCACCCCGUCUACGCAGAAGAACAGAGUUGGUGUUUUCUAUGGAAUGACCAGUGAUGACUACCGUGAAAUCAACAGUGGACAGGACAUUGAUACCUACUUUAUUCCUGGCGGUAACCGUGCUUUCACUCCAGGUCGCAUCAACUAUUAUUUCAAGUUUAGCGGACCUAGUGUGAGUGUUGAUACCGCUUGCUCCUCGAGCCUGGCUGCAAUCCACGUCGCGUGCAACUCACUUUGGAGAAAUGAAUGUGACUCUGCUGUCGCCGGCGGUGUCAAUAUUCUGACCAACCCGGACAAUCACGCUGGACUCGAUCGCGGUCACUUCCUCUCGCGCACUGGAAAUUGCAACACUUUUGACGAUGGCGCUGAUGGAUACUGCCGAGCAGACGGCAUUGGGUCCAUUGUCUUGAAGAGACUGGAAGACGCUCAAGCCGACAAUGAUCCCAUCUACGGCGUUAUCUCCGGGGCCUAUACCAACCACUCUGCUGAAGCAGUUUCUAUCACCCGACCUCAUGCCGGCGCCCAAGCAUUUAUCUUUGACAAGCUUCUCAACGAAAAUGAUUAUGACCCGAAGGAAAUCAGCUACAUCGAGAUGCACGGCACUGGAACCCAGGCCGGUGAUGCUGUCGAAAUGAAAUCUGUUUUGGAUGUCUUUGCUCCAGAUUAUCGCCGCGGGCCAAACCAGUCGCUUCAUCUUGGCUCCGCCAAAUCGAAUAUUGGCCACGGAGAAUCUGCUUCGGGCGUUUCAGCCUUGGUGAAGGUGUUGAUGAUGAUGCAGAAGAACAUGAUCCCUCCUCACUGUGGCAUCAAAUCUAAGAUCAAUCACAACUUCCCCACCGAUCUUGCGCAGCGCAACGUCCACAUUGCUCUCAAACCAACUCCGUGGAACCGACCAGAUGGUGGCAAGCGCAAGACCUUCAUCAACAACUUCUCAGCUGCUGGUGGAAACACCGCAUUGCUUAUGGAAGAUGGACCCCUGCGUGAGCGUACUGGAAAAGACUCCCGAACUGUAUACCCGGUGGCCGUCUCUGCGCGGUCCCAGUCUGCUCUGAAGAACAACAUUACCGCUCUUGUUCAGUACAUUGACAAGAACAAGAACUUGUUCAACGUCAACGAGUCCAAGCUUCUUGGUGACCUAUCAUAUACCACUACAGCGCGACGAAUCCACCACCCAUUCCGAGUCACUGCCACUGGUUCUACUCUGGAGGAGAUCCGCAAUGCAUUGAACUCGAGUGCAAGCCGCGACGGCUUUUCUCCAGUCUCCGCAGUUACGCCUGGGAUUGGUUUCGUCUUUACAGGCCAAGGCGCUCAGUACGCUGGAAUGGGCAAGGAACUGUUUGAAAACAAUUCCCAAUUCCAUACAAACAUUGAGCACUUGGACCGUAUUGGGCAGAGCCAGGGUUUCCCAUCCAUUAUUCCAUUGAUUGACGGAAGUGUGCCCAUUGAGGAAUUGAGUCCUGUUGUUACCCAAUUGGGAACCACUUGCCUGCAGAUGGCUCUCACCAAGUUCUGGGUCUCGCUGGGCGUGACCCCUACCUUUGUCCUGGGCCACAGCCUGGGCGAAUAUGCUGCACUAAAUGCCUCUGGUAUUCUUACGACCAGCGAUACAAUCUAUCUCGCCGGUCGUCGCGCCCAGAUGCUGACGGAGCAAUGCAAGGUGGGAACCCACGCUAUGUUGGCUGUUAAGUCGUCCGUCGCACAGAUUAAGGAGUUCCUUGACGGCGAUACCGCAGAGGUAGCCUGUAUCAAUGCGCCCAGCGAAACUGUCAUCAGCGGGGCCAUUGACACGAUCGACCAACUUGCAGAGAAGCUUUGCAAUGAAGGCUUCAAGGCGACCAAGCUGAAGGUUCCUUUCGCUUUCCACUCCGCCCAAGUCGAACCCAUCCUUGACGGCCUUGCAGGGAUUGCCAAGGGAGUUACCUUCCAUGAACCUACUAUCCCGUUCGUCUCUGCUCUGUUGGGUGAUGUCAUUGAUGGGGCAAACCCUGAAGUCAUUGGUCCUAGCUACUUGACUCGUCACUGCCGGGAGACUGUCAAUUUCCUUGCUGCCCUAGAAGCCACUCGUCAUGCUAAGCUCAUGAAUGACAAGACUCUAUGGGUCGAGGUUGGCUCGCACCCGGUCUGCUCUGGAAUGGUCAAGUCGACCUUCGGGCCACAGGCUACGACAGUCACAUCUCUUCGUCGCCAGGAAGAUACCUGGAAGGUGCUGUCGAACAGUCUUUCGGCCCUUUAUUUGGUGGGCCUUGAUCUCAACUGGAAGGAGUAUCACCAAGAUUUCAGUGCCGUGCACGAAGUCCUUGCUCUACCUGCGUACAAGUGGGACCUCAAGAACUAUUGGAUCCCGUACACCAAUAACUUCUGUCUGCUCAAGGGUGCUCCGGCUAAACCUGCAGGUGAGGCUGCGCCAGUCACGAAUUUCUUGACUUCCUCUGCCCAGAAGGUCUUGGAGACCAGCGGCGAUCAGACAUCUGCGACUGUUGUGAUUGAGAACGACAUUGCGGAUCCAGAGUUGAACCGUGUCAUUCAAGGUCACAAGGUCAAUGGAGCCGCGCUCUGCCCAUCGUCUCUCUAUGCAGAUAUUGCCCAGACCCUGGGAGAAUUCCUGGUUGAGAAGUACAAGCCGGAAUGGAAAAAUCGUGGCUUCAACGUCUGCGAUGUGGUGGUUCCCAAGCCUCUCAUUGCAAAGGGUGGCAAGCAGCUGUUCCGCGUCUCUGCUACUGCCAACUGGGCCGAUGAGAGUGCCAAAAUGCAGGUGUGGUCUGUUACCCUCGAGGGCAAGAAGAUUCUCGACCACGCAUCCUGCACAAUCAAGUUCUUCGAUACAAGCAUCGCUGAACUCGAGUGGAAGCGGAGUGCCUACCUCAUCAAGAGAAGCAUUGAACAUCUCAAAGAAAGCACAGAGACGGGUCAGGCCCACCGCAUGAAGCGCGGCAUGGUUUAUAAGCUGUUUAGUGCCCUGGUCGAGUAUGACGAGAACUACAAGUCCAUCCAGGAAGUCAUUCUCGAUAGCGAUCAGCACGAGGCUACUGCGUUGGUUAAGUUCCAGGCGCCUCCUGGUAACUUCCACCGUAACCCCUUCUGGAUUGACAGUAUCGGCCACUUGUCUGGUUUCAUUAUGAACGCAAGCGAUGCGACUGAUUCAAAGAAUCUAGUCUAUGUCAACCAUGGGUGGGACUCUAUGCGCUGCUUGAAGAAGUUCGAUCCCAACGUCACCUAUCGCACUUAUGUGCGUAUGCAGCCCUGGCAGAAUUCAAUCUAUGCUGGUGAUGUAUAUCUCUUUGAUGGAGAUGAUAUUGUGGCCGUUUACGGUGGUGUGCAGUUCCAAGCCUUGUCUAGAAAGAUUCUUGACACUGCUCUUCCUCCUGCCGGUGGCUCGGUCGCUAAGCCUGCCGCUGCUUCUAAGCCCAAACCCGCUCCUAUUGACGUGGAAAAGUCGCGAGCUCAUCGGCCCAAGGAACCUCCUGUGUCUUCACCCAAAUCUGCAGGACCUAGUAUCAUCAAGAAGGUCCUUACUAUUCUAGCUGAGGAAGUUGGGCUUUCGACGGGCGAGAUGACUGAUGAGCUGAACUUCGCUGAUUACGGAGUGGACUCUUUGCUUUCCUUGACUGUCACUGGUCGCUACCGUGAAGAGAUGGGACUUGACUUAGACUCCAACGUCUUUGUGGACCAACCCACGAUCAAAGACUUCAAGCAACUGCUGGUGCAGAUGAGUCCCCAGGAUAGCAGCAAUGAUGGAUCAAGCAGCGAGCCGGAUCUGUCGUCUGCAGCUUCAUCGACUGAUCUCUCGACUCCGAAUUCGAGCGGUCUACCCACUCCUGCUAAUGAGAAGUCUAUGACGCUCGGACAGAAUGAAAGUAUGAAGCAAAUUUGCAGCAUUCUGACAGAGGAAAUUGGCAUUGAACCUGAAGAGCUUCGGGGUGACGCUAAUCUUGGUGAGAUGGGUCUGGACUCUUUGAUGUCACUUACCGUCCUCGGCAAGAUCCGUGAGACUCUGGAUCUUGAGCUCUCUGGAGAGUUCUUCAUUGAGAACCAGACACUCGACGAAGUUGAGGUUGCCCUGGACUUGAAGCCCAGGGCUGUUGUCGCCUCUGAGCCUAUCAGAUUGCCCGAGGAGAUUCAGAUCGAAGUCCCGAAGGUUGCUCGCAGCUCGAUCCAACACCCACCUGCAACCUCGAUCCUCUUACAAGGAAACCCCAAGACUGCGACUCAAAAGCUGUUCCUAUUCCCUGAUGGAUCUGGAUCUGCAACCUCCUAUGCUACGAUCCCCGGUAUCUCCCCGGAUGUUUGCGUCUACGGGUUGAACUGCCCGUACAUGCGUACUCCCGAAAAGCUCAACUUCAGCCUAGACGAACUCACCUAUCCAUAUGUGGCUGAGAUUAGGCGCCGGCAACCUACUGGUCCAUACAACUUUGGUGGCUGGUCUGCCGGUGGUAUCUGUGCCUACGAUGCUGCCCGGCACCUUAUCUUUGAAGAAGGUGAGCGAGUUGAGCGCCUGCUCCUGCUCGACUCUCCGUUCCCAAUUGGCCUUGAGAAGCUUCCUCGCCGACUGUAUAGAUUCUUCGACUCUAUUGGUCUCUUUGGUGAAGGCAAGGCUCCUCCUCCCAAGUGGCUUCUCCCUCACUUCUUGGCCUUCAUCGACUCGCUGGAUGCCUACAAGGCGUCCCCCUUCCCAUUCGAUGAGAUCAAGCAUGCCGAAAAGAUUCCCAAGACUUUCCUGGUUUGGGCCAAGGAUGGAGUUUGCAAUCAGCCGAAUGACCCGCGCCCUGCACCCGCCGAGGAUGGAAGCCCUGACCCUCGGGAGAUGCAAUGGUUGCUGAACAACCGCACCAACCUGGGUCCCAAUGGAUGGGAUACACUUGUUGGCCCGAAGAAUGUCGGCGGCAUCACAGUCAUGGAAGGGGCUAACCACUUCACCAUGACUCGCGGCGAGAAGGCCAAGGAACUGGCAGCAUUCAUGGCGGGUGCCAUGAACUCUUCUUGA